ACCACGUCUGAACUAUGACACUCUCCAGGGAGCAUUUCCAGUCGGACAGCACCUCAGAGAACAAGACUUAAAUAAUGGAAGACCUUUCUGUGGCAAACACUAUGUUUGCACUCAAUUUGUUCAAGCAUCUGGCAAAAGCAAGCCCCACCCAGAACCUCUUCUUGUCUCCAUGGAGCAUCUCAUCCACAAUGGCCAUGGUUUACCUUGGUUCCGGGGGCAACACUGAAGACCAGAUAGCCAAGGUGCUUCAGUUCCACAAAGUUGGUGGCUAUGAUGUUGUGGCAGGGAGACCAGAGAAAUUCACUGGCUGUCAUUUAACCCAGAAGAUACAGAAAGAAACCUAUCCUGAUGCUAUUAAGACGCAAGCAAAAGACAAAGUUCACUCAUCCUUCAGCGCUCUCAAUGCAGCACUCAGUGCUCCCACAGGGGAUUACUUAUUGGAAAGUGUCAACAAGCUGUUCCCAGAGAAGUCUGCGAGAUUUAAGGAAGAAUACAUUGAACUCUCUAAGAAAUAUUAUUCUACACAACCUCAGAAAGUAGACUUUCAGAAUUGUGCAGAAGAAGCCAGAAAAGAAAUUAAUUCCUGGGUCAAUACUCAAACCAAAGGCAAAAUUCCAAACCUGUUACCUGAAGGUUCUGUCGAUGAAAUGACAAAGAUGGUCCUGGUAAAUGCUGUCUACUUCAAAGGGAAAUGGAAAUCUCCAUUUGAGAAGAAACUAAACAAACUUUAUCCUUUCCGUGUGAACUUGACACAACAGGUACCUGUGCAGAUGAUGUACUUACGUAAAAAGCUGAACAUAGGAUACUUACAGGACCUAAAGGCUCAGAUCUUAGAACUCCCAUAUAAAGGAGAUGUAAGCAUGUUCCUGUUGCUUCCAGAUGUAAUUGCUGAGACAUCCACUGGCCUAGAGUUGCUGGAAAGUGAAAUAAAUUAUGACACUUUCAGAAAGUGGACCAGCAAAGACACACUUGCAGAAGAUGAUGUAGACGUCUACCUGCCUCAGUUCAAAUUAGAAGAACGUUAUGAACUCAAAUCUAUUCUGCGGAGCAUGGGCAUGAAGGAUGCUUUCAAUGAGGGCCAGGCCGAUUUCUCAGAAAUGUCGGACGGGGAUGGUCUGUUUCUUUCUGAGGUGUUCCAUAAAGCCACAGUAGAGGUCAAUGAAGAGGGAACAGUAGCAGCUGCUGGCUCUGGAGCCACUGUGACAGGGAGAACAGGUCAUGCUGGUCCUCAGUUUGUGGCUGACCAUCCUUUCCUCUUCUUUAUCAUGCACAAAACAACCAAGAGUAUCUUAUUUUUUGGCAGAUUCUCCUUGCCCCCAAAUUGAAAAAAUUCUGAUCUGACAGUAAGAUUUGGUUGCAUGAGCUAUAAGCUUCAAAGUUGUUAACUUAAGUUCCAACAAGUUAAAAUUUUUUCCUGCUUAUUUCUAUUCUUCUGAACAACUUCUUCAAUAUACUGAGUAUCAACUCAGAAAUACUCACACCACUGUCAAUCAUUGCAUGACAAUAUCAUUAAUAAUCUGGUCUCCUAAGGGAAGGUGAUGCCCUUAAAUUCUUCCUUACUACUAGUUUCUUUUAUAGUAUUAGCUUUUGCUAUGUUAUUUAUUAUUUUAUAUGAUGAUUUUUUAUUGUUACUGUAUUUAAUAUAACUGAUAAAGUCACAGAAGCAGGUAAACAUUUAAUUUUAUAUCUAAAGAAAUGUAUUCAUUCAUUCACUCAAGAAAGGAUAAGUAAGUGUCCUUUCAUCCUAUACCACAAUAAAUACUUAGAGAAAGCACCAAACAACAGGAAAAUAUACAUUAUGUACAUUUCUAACAUUAUACAUCAUGUAUAUGUAUCUGCAGCUCAUGUAGAAAUGCAAACCUGUAAUAAAUAAACGAACAUGUUUACACUA